AAAACUUAACCAAUUCAGUCUUCCGCCAUUUAAGUUAUUUUCAAUAAGUCUCCGGAUAACACGUACAGCUAUUGUUUUUUAAAAAACUUCAAAAAAUCGCUAAAAUAUCGAAAAUGGAAGUGUGCAAAUACAUUAAUAACAUUGGACAAGACCAUGACGAUGAUUUCGAUGUUAAGUUUUACAAAGAAAUGGGAAAUAAUUUACCUGUUGUUAACAGUUUGGAUGAUUUAAUCAAAGAAUUAAGGCUCAUUUUCGAAAGUGACAAAGUUAAUAUUGAUUUAGUCAGUUAUGUGAUGAAAUCUUACAAGUCUUGUCCAGCAGACUGGAAAAAAUAUGCCAAAUUUGAUAGAUUUAGAUACACCAGAAACUUAGUCGAUGUUGGAAAUGGAAAAUACAAUUUAAUGGCUGUUUGUUGGGGUGAAGGGCACGGCUCAGCUAUUCACGACCACGCAAAUGCUCACUGUUUUAUGAAGAUGCUGCAGGGAUCAUUAGAAGAGAUUCGAUUUGCGUGGCCAAAAACUCAGGGUGAACAGCUAAAAGAAAUUGGUAGAACACGGCUAGAAGUUAAUGAUUGCGCCUAUAUUAACGAUUCUAUUGGUCUUCACAGAGUCGAAAACGUAUCCAGUGUGGAUACGGCUAUUAGUUUACACUUAUAUUGUCCUCCUUACAGCAAGUGUUCAGUGUUUAACCAAAACACAGGAAAUAAGUCAACUGCUAAUGUUACGUUUUAUUCUGCGUUUGGAAAACGUAUUAGGGACAACAAGGAGAUCGUUGAACCCGAAGACAACUGAAACGGACAAUUUACGGGAUGCUUUUAGAUUUUUAGAGUACCCACUUACUGUUAUUUUACUUUAGGUUUUACAAGAAAGUUUUUAUGCCAUUUUUUGUAAAAUAAAAUUAUUUAAUUAGU